AUGAAGACUCAUCUUGUCACCCUACUGGUUGCUGUGCUGUGUGUGGAGCAAGCUUACCCGUUUAUGUGCUACGUGUGCCAAGAGCAGGAGUCCAACAAGGACUGUUUGACCAUUUCCAUGUGCUCAGAGGAAGACAAAUACUGCGUAACCGUCCGUGCCGACAUUGGGACAAAGCCCAACAAGCCUAAAUAUGUCAUCUCUAAGAUGUGUUCUCCAACCUGUCCAGCAACCAGCCAGCAACAAAACCAAUCCUGUCGGAAUGUUUCUUGCUGUGAGAAACCUUUAUGCAAUGUGAAUGGAAUCAGCAGCAAGCAAAGCAGCUAUGGAGUGAUGUCCCUGGGUGUCCUAGUCAGUAUCACUUACCUUUUUAGGUGUGGACUUUGA